CCCCAUAGAACUAACAUUACUUCACAAUGACAUUUACUGUUAACUUCAAAUUAAUAAAUAAGCUAUGAUCAGCAUUUGAAUCAAAAUCCACAUUAGUAUUUUUAAAUUUUAUUUGGAUAUGAAAUGAAAUUAUCACAAUGGUUUAACAUAAUUCUCAUCGUACACGAUAUGGCUCUGAAUGUUACCAAGAGUAUCGCAGGCUACAUUUGGAAUCCUUCGAAAAUCUUUUAUUCCAAUAUUUGUGACUGCUCCAAGAAACCGAAGGACUUAGUUCCAAAGUCGUUAGAAGAUAAGGUAGAAGUAAAAACCAAAAGAAUACAAAUAAAGGGAGACCCGCGAAUACAUUUGCUAAGACCAGAACAGGAUUGCUUGAAAGGUAAAAUAGCUAGGAUUACAAAGCCUACGAAAAACUGUAUGCAAUCAGGCACUGAGAAUACUCGCUUGUGGCAAAUACAAUUUGAAGAACUAGAAAGAUGGGAAAAUCCUUGCAUGGGAUGGGGUUCUUCCGGAGAUCCUGUUUCUAGUCUUAAAAUAAAAUUUACUUCCAAAGAACAGGCGAUCGCUUUCUGUGAAAAAAACAACUGGAGAUGGUAUACUGACAAGAGCCAAGAAAAGAAGCGUUCUAAAAGAUCUUAUGCGGAUAAUUUUUCUUUUAGAAAACGAUCUCGUGUUAGUACAAAGUAAUUUGUGAUAUUAGUCAUGUGUUUUGGUUUUAAAGUAAUUAUUGUAGUGUAAAUAAAUAAAUAAUGGGUGAUUAGUGGUAAGGAG